GCUGCCGCCCAUCGCUAAGAAUUACUGAUAAAAACGCACAGUUCUUUGUGGUUUUUAUGUCAAUAAGACUAUCAUAACUUAGAGAAGAAAAUCAGCCAAAUGCCGGCCUACCACUCGGAAAUCGAGGAGUUCCAUGGAACAGUGGGCAAUAUGGCUAUUUUACCAUUACGCACCCAAGUCCGGGGACCAGCGCCAAGCGUCGAUGUAGCCAACGAUAUCAUCGAUGAGUCACUGUACUACUGGAAGUCAAAUAUAUUCUUUAGUACAUACGAAGUUAAGUCGGAAGUGGACCGUGUGCUUAUCUAUAUAACGCUAUACAUAACCGAAUGUCUGAAGCGCCUGGCACGCUGCACGAGCAAGGCCCAGGGUCAGCAGGAGCUCUAUACUCUGGCCAUUUCGCGCUUCGACCUGCCCGGCGAUGCGGGCUUCCCCCUGAACUCCAUUUACACACGACCCGAGGAUCCGGAUAGGAUGCGCCAGUACAUUCUCCAGCUGCGCCAUGAGACGGGCAACAGGCUGCUGGAGAAAGUCUUUGAUACGCCCGAUGACAAGCCCAGCAAGUGGUGGACCUGCUUUGCCAAGAGGAAGUUCAUGGAGAAGAGCCUGUCGGGACCGGGCAUGUGAUGAACCAAAUAUUUGGUUCAGUGUAUUAAUCAUUAUACAUUUUUAAAAAGGAUUAAAUUAAAUUUAGAAAGGAAA